CAAACAGUGGGAAGGUGUGGGUGGGUUUCUUAUCACUCGAAUCGGAAAUUUCCUUUGGAUUUCUUGGACGGUUGAGCAGACGGAUGCCGACCAGAAAACUGACAUGAACGAGACACGCACCGAGAGAGCCAGCAACUCAAGUUCUUUUCUGUUUUCAGUUUCUCCCUCGCUGUCAGCUGCUGUCCGUAUCUGCCACACUCGACUGCUUGACGCAGCUAAGGGUCACGAUCGUUCGGAACUGAGGUUCGUCCACCUGGGCCAUCGCGGCUGCCUCGACUCAGCUGGCAACGAGGGAAAGACGAGGAAGCGGAAGCCCUCGCUACCCACGUUUCCUCCUCGCUCUCCGACUUUUUUGCUGGAUAAAAUGACUGUUGAUGUUUCUGGCAAAGCAGACAGACAAAGCGAGAAACGGAAGAAACGACGAGGGAGAAAACGAGGGCAAAGCACGUAGGACCGAGCAGCUUGCAGUCGAAUGAGAGGGCUCGAGACAGCCAAGAAACGAAGCAA